AUGAAUGAUCUUGAAGUUAUUGGCGGAGGUGUAAUAUUUGGCGGUGUUAUAUUCUUCUUACUAGGCAUUUUUUCAAUGAGCACCGAGUUUUUAAUUACAGCAAACAUUUUAAUUCUUCUUGGUUUGAAUCUUUACAUGCAUGUCAAACAAUUUUUCACAUUUUUAAUUCAGAAGGAUAAGUUAAAGGGAACUAUUGCAUUCUUUGCUGGAAUUGCUUUGGUAUUCUUAAAGCACCCAGUUUUUGGAAUUAUCGCGGAAUUAGUAGGUACAUACUGGCUAUUUGGCGGAUUUUUACCAGCUCUUCUUGCUUUGUUAAGCAGAGUUCCAGUUCUUUCAAUGAUUUUACCAAAAUCCUUCGGUAAAAACGAAACACUUCCUUAA